UGUCUUGCUCAAUAUGGCACGCUCGGGGGAUCGAACCGCUUCAUGGACAAUCCGCUCUACCUACUGAGCCAUAGCCGCCGCAGGGUAUACACAUGUGGGGAACCUGGCGUUCUGCUUGUAAGCGUGAGACCCUGAUUGUGAGUUCAUCUGGAACACCGGCUGUCGGCCUCCCGCUGGAUUCGUGAAGCCAGUAGGCCUACGCCAUAUUCUCUAAAGUCCUGUAUGAUGGCCGAGCACGGUGGGUGCAGCGUGAGCGGCAUCGACACUCAACAGUCUCUGCGUCGACAAGGCGAGACUCAGCAGUCAUUUUUUGCGUGAUCCUGCUACUUGCCAGUCAGAUGAUCCUGAACUACCUCAGCCAGCUGUUGCUUUCGUCGGCGCAGGAUUUCGAGUUUUAAGAAAUGGCCUGCGCUCUCCAGUGAAGCGUCACAUCCGCCCUGCUCCUUCGCAAAGCAAGAUGGCGACUAUCGUAGAGCGAGUUGAUGGAUGUGUCGGAUCUUUGGAUUCAGACACGGUGUCAUUGAGACAGUCCAUCCCUUCACCGGACCAGCCCCACCAGAACAACCCUCUGCUAGGCCUUCCCAUUGUGGCUAUUGAGACGAUUCUCAAUUUUUUGUCCUAUGAUGAAAUCAGCCUACUACGCUCGGUGUGUAAGCGCAUGGACAUGAUCUGUCAGCGUGUCCUGAAUCAAGGCUUCUUGAAAGUUGAGCGUUAUCACAGCCUCUGCCAGAGACAAGUCAAAGCCCAGCUACCAAGGCGAGAGUCAGAGAGGAGAAACCAUUCACUAGCACGGCAUGCUGACAUCCUCGCUGCUGUGGAGACACGGCUCUCACUGCUCAACAUGACUUUCAUGAAAUACGUUGACUCAAACCUAUGCUGCUUCAUCCCUGGAAAGGUGAUAGAUGAGAUUUACCGUGUGCUGCGCUACGUUAACUCCACCCGAGCCCCCCAGCGAGCUCAUGAGGUUCUGCAAGAGUUAAGGGAUAUUUCAUCCAUGGCCAUGGAGUACUUUGAUGAGAAGGUUGUCCCCAUUCUGAAGAAGAAGCUUCCAGGGGCUGACCUGUCCGGCCGCCUCAUUGGCUCUACACCAGUGGCAGGUCCAUCUACCUCCUUGACUACCAUGUCCCUGCUAGCCAAGAACACGCCUUCGCGUUCUGAGAUGACCAAGGUGCAGCAGCAGGUCAAGGUGAAUGGGGCGUCAAUGACAGUACUGCGGAGGGAGAUGCAAGAAAUCCGUGUCAAGCAAUUAGAGCAGCAGAAACAGCUACAAGACCAGGAACAGAAGCUGCUGGAACAGACACAGGUGAUUGGUGAACAGAAUGCCCGCCUUGCUGAGCUGGAACACAAACUCCGCGAACUGAUGGACAGUAGUUCUGCUGCUAUGGGAGGACCUAGGCCCACCCCAGCUGCCCCCUCUACAUCUGGUAGUUCUGCUGUGUCUUCCACCAUGGCUAGUACAUCUGCAACUGUGUUGGCAAAUGGAAGUGUGGCUACAGCCUCACCAAGAGAGGCAGAAGGUGAGGGAGGGUUAUCACUCAAACGCACAAGAAAGAGCUCAGACCUUCCACGUCAGUCUAAACGUCUUCGCAGCAAGAAAUGAGAGACUUUGUCAUAUACUAAAGUUGUCUUUUUGGUUUUAAGGUGUGACAUGCGAUACGGCAACCUCCCUAGGUAACUUAUACAUAUAAUAAAAUUUUCAAUGUUUUAACACAUCAUCAGUCAUCGAAGACUUAGCAGGAUAGGGCCAACAUUUUGUUUCUUACAGUUAAACUAUUCCAAAGGUCUGUUAAAGCCUGGAGUUACAUUGUAUUUUUCGGCUUAUCAACAAAUUCCAUGAAAGCACACAAAACCAGUGUAAGUUGAAAUUUAUGUUAUUUUGUUUUCCAGAUUUGAUAAUUUCCCAAAGCACUUUAAUAUUCUAGUUUCUAUCAAACAAUUUUGUGUAUCUGUUGGAGACAUUUGGCGCUGUGGUAAGGUGAUUUUUGGUACACUAUCCAUUUCCACAUACAUAUAUUUCAGAAAAUAUGUAGCCAAAUGGAACCAAAAAAAGGUGUAUGCAGAAGUCUAAGCUUAUAUGAUGCCUACCCCUUUUCAUCGUUUAUAUCAUCUCACCAAGACAAAAACAUCAGAAAGACAUAAAAAUUAACAAAUAAUCACCAGUAUACCAGGGAAAAAAGGAAAAGAAAAAGUUGACACUGCAAUCAGUACACCUAAUGUGGACAAAGUACUACAAGGAUCAAAUACAUGAUUCCUAAAAUCAAAAACCAAAAAUAUACCAAAUAACAAUAACAUCCCAAUGUCAGAAAGUGCAACAGUGCGACCAAGUGACAUGUUGUUGCUCUGUCUUGCAAAGGAGUAAGGUGACUUUGAUCAGUUCAUGGUUUGUUGGCCAUGCACAUGGGAUUUGUUGACUUGAAGAAAAAUAUAGCAUUUCCUGUUAUAUUUAUUGAAAGUUACAUUAUAAUGAUGGUACACAUGAAUAUACUGUUCUGUUAGACUCAUUAGAAAUUUAGAAAAUCAUUCAAACUAGCUAAUCGUAGUCGCAUUGUACAUGUGACAAGUUUAUGUUCCUAAAAUAAAACUGACCAAAAUAAUUUACUCCAGAUACAUAUGCAGCUAAACAAAAUCUUAGUACUAACUUGAAUCAGAUUCUCAUAUGGGUCUACAUACAUAACCAUUAUUUUGUUUACACUAGCUUCUCCAUAAGUUUGGCAAGUGCAAUAUAAAUAAUAAUCAUGUAGUCAUUUUUUUUUGUAGUAGCUUGCAUGUUCUCUCAUAAAUUGCUGGGUUAGUGCUAAGUCAUCACAAAAAGGACAGAUGGGUGUUCAGGUAGCAUUAGUCAGAGCGUCACCUGGCGACUCUUACCUUCACUGCCUAUUGAAGGGCAUAAACUGGAGGUUAACAUUUGUAAAUGGUUUUCUUUUCCACUGUGCCUCAGAAACCCCUGACAGAUGGUAGUAUCAUAGUCCUCUGAUCCUUUAAAAUGCAACAGUGACAACAGAACUUGACGGUCUGCUGUGUUUGUGAAAAGACUACUUUUAGCCCUGGUGUGCCUGAAAGUACCUGAUGUAUGUGCUUCACAUUUAUGUAAUGUUAAUAUAUGUAUUGUGUAAAGAAGGAAAAAAAGAAGGAAGGGGGGGGGGGGGGGGGCUCCUUGAGGAUCAUACCAGUAUUUUUCAUAAUUAACAUACUUAUUAUACUCACUACAAGCUACAACUCAAUAAUGAUGAACAUUUUAGAAAGUACACUAUACCGUAUGUUACUGUUUUUUUUUCCUAUUUCUGGACAGCCAUGGAUUUCAGUUUAAUUGAUGAUUUAAUUUUCAUAAAUACUUACCAUGUGUCUUCCUUCUGCUAAAAUUGGACAAUAAAAUAAAAGAAAUGGAGUCAGCACUUGCACAGUCAUGUUUAACAUUACCUACAAUUUCUAGUUGAAAUCCCUCUUAAUGAGGCUGACAAAGUAUUCUUUUUCCACUAACCUUUUCCCAAGCUUCCAGCCUGCUGUUUCAUUUAUGUAAAUAGUUAAGACUGAGUAGAUUUGGAAAGGUCUGCGACCAGUUCGAACCUAAGGUCAGUUGCUAUCUUUUAUCAACUCUUUCACAGACAUUUUAUAGUGCUUUCAGGUGCAUUCCGUUGGUCCAAUUUCCAAGGCCAAGAAUCCACUUGAUGUCCAGAGACACUGGAGAUUUAACACACUGUGAGUAAAGUCAUCAUAUGAUCUUUCCUCAAGUCUUUGAUUGCUGCAGUACAUACUGUACUGGCUACACUCACACUAAAUAAGUAUAGUAAAAUGUGGCAGAAUCUAUGGUUCUGAAAAGUAAUAGUGUAAAUUAUUUGAAAUAAAAAACAAUUUGCACAUGAAAUUAUAACAAAAAUUAUAUGGAAUUACACAUUUCUUACUUUCUUUCAAAUGCCAUGCAAAUUGCUUUUAGAUUAGAAAAAUGUAUAUUUUUUAUACAUUCUCUCGCUUGAAGUGGCGUCACUGUUGUCACACCAGCUUACUUUGAAAUUGCAUCUAAUUUAAGAGAGGUACCAGAACGCAUGGCUGGUUUACAGCAGUGCUCAACAGAAUGGCUGCAAGUGAGUGUUUAGUUACUCCAUGUGUUGUUUUAAGAGUCAUGCACCAGCUACCUUCUCCUCUCUUGCCACAUACUUUCCUUGUGAAUACUAGAUUAGCUGUGGGCCCAUAUUUUGACUGCACUGUUGUUUUAUUUCUAUUUGAAGCAUUUCUGUGGAAAGUUAGGUAAAGAGGUUUUUAAAGGCAGUUCACAAGUAGUUGUGCACUAGUGUGUAUUAUAAUAUCUGGGCAGCAAAAACAAGAUGAUGUUAUUUAGUGGCUUAAUUUGAGACUGAGUCUCAGUUUAGAAAAUUGUACUGUAAUCUUCAUGUAUUCAAAGUGUAGAUUGUUAAUUAUUCAAUGUCUGUAUACCAAGAAAAUUCAAGUUGGCCUUUUUCUGGCCAACUGUACAGUCUGUUGCACACAAUGCUCUUACAAAUGUACAAAUCAAAUAUAUUAAAUCUCACUACAUGUAUUCACAAA